AUGUCACGUGUCACAAGUCUUCCAUUAUGGCAUGCUUGUGCCUGUAAGAAAGUGCUUGAGUUGCCAUUGGUCACUAAGAGAAUAGUUUGUGAAAUGAUGGAUCCUGAUAGACCUGGUGCUCACCUCAAAAACUUGCGCCUGCUUGCAAUAUUUUUGGGUUUCCUUUACGCAAUCAGCCCCUUUGACUUCAUUCCAACAGGGUAUCUGACUAUCAUAGAUGUUUUUGAUUACUCUGCUAUGGUUCUCUCUUUCAUCUUAUAUUUGGCCGGCCUCUAUCUCCGACGAAGACGUUUCCAACAAGUGAGGGAGUUGGCUGCCAUCCAAAGGUGA